AUGGAGCUUCAGAGACCGGGAUGGCUUCGAAGCCCGUGGGGGUCUUCUGCCCUUGCCGACCAGGUGGUUGACCAGGUCGACGCGACCGCCGAAGGAGAGGUCGUCCCUCUCCCGAGUACGGUUCAUGUGAGCUCCGAUCGGACUCGGAGUUCGGAUCAAGGUCACUCGAGGCAGGCGCCGAAGCGAGCUCGGAGUGACGAUGGAGAGACUCGUUCUCGCGAGGGCGGCCCGACUACCUCGAACGGGAGCGGGGGAAAGCCGCCGUUUUACUGGCAGUACGAGAACUCCAAGGCUUCCCCGUUCAGGACGACGAGGAGGGAACAGCUCGCAUUCAGCUCCACUUCAAGCCCGUCGGAUGCCGGCUCCCGUCCCUGA